GACUCGGUUUUAUAAUUAUAAGGGGAGCAAUAAAAAGCUCUCCUAGAACUUUUAAGGAGAGCGGUAGAGGAGCACUUCAAAAAGCUCUUCUUCAACAUACAAGGGGAGCUUUUUGCCCAAUUAACAAAAUGGAUGGAGGAAAUGUAUGUACUAUAAAAUUACAAUCAACAACCAAAGGAAGUAUUUAUAAUUGUUUUACAAUGUAUUGUAAUUAGAUUGUGUGUUGUAAAACCUGUUUUAGUUAGGUUUUGACUUUGGCUAAAAGUUAAGUCACUGACAAUUUUUUUUUUUUUUUCGGGGGCUCUAUUUUAAUUUUUUUGUCAAAUUUCGGGGGCUCUUUUUAAAUGCUACUUUUUUGUAUUUUGAGGAAUACCUGUUCACUUAUUAAGGAAUUAUUACUUUUUGUUUAAUAUUGUAUGAUUUUUAAAGUUAUUUAUCAUGUUUAGAAUUUUGGAUGUGGGUGUGUGUGGAUGGGUGGGUGUGUGUGGGUGUGCGCGUGUGUGUGUGACUGUGAGUUGGACUUGGAUAUAAAUGAAUUCAAUAUCUAAUUUCUACUCCAUUUAUUCCAGUACAAUACCCUAGUCAGCCAUGUACAUGUAAUAAAGGCCCACUUACCCUAACUUUUCCUGAAGUUCUUUGAAAACGCAGAUCUCCAUGAAAAUUUAAUUUCUCUAUGGGGGAGUCUAAAUUUGGUGAGAAUGUAUUCAUUAAGAACUUAAAUAUACAUGACAAUGAAGAAAUCAUCAAACUUUUUUGGCAGUUUUGAAUAAUAUUCCUGAAAUGUAAACUCUGUCUGAAACAGAAAAUCACCAUCAUUGAGGCCUUUACUGAGCGGACUGUCCCCCAGAGCUCUGGCAGAGAGACAGAGCUCCAACUGGCUAGCUAGUAAAAGCGCCAAUGCGUGAGCCUGCCGCCGUCCUUGUAAAAAAGAUGGAGCUUUGUUUGAUGAUUUAUUGUCUGAUAUAAUACCUCAUCCCCUAGAAAAAGAAAACAAAUGAUUUUUUAGUUAUAAUUGAUACAUUAGAUAACUUAUUUUGGAAGUUAAUAAGCCGUUUUGAAAAGCAAAGCCGAAUGACAACUCACCAAUGCUAGGUUACUAGACUCUGGGAUUUAUUUCCUGUGUAAUUCGAAUUAUUUUAUCACAGAAUUGUGAUAUCUGUAGGGGAAACAUGUGCAUUCGAAAUGACACACGGUGGUAGUCAUAAUGGACCCCUAUACAUGCAACUCUUUCCCGACCGUUGUGUUGAUUUUUUUUUUCCAUACCUGGUACCAUGUGUAUGGAAAUACGUGGUACAGAAAAAAUAACGUAACUUCGGAAUUUGAAACUGCGCUACUCGCUACUUUUAAGGCUUAUUCGUGAUUUUGAGUGUGGAUUUUGGAUGGUUUUUAAAUGGUAAGCGGAGCUCGAGCAUAUGGCACUAGUGGGCCGUUGAGUUGUUAUCACUCGGCAAUAAUUUCGGGGGCGACAUUCAGAUUUUAUGUCGCCCCCGAAAGCAUGAUUUUGGGUGAUUUCGAGGGCGACUUUAGGCAUUUUCGCGCAGGUCAGCUAUCGCGAGGCGCGCUAUUAAUCGCGCUACCAAAAAUGGAUUAAGGCGCGCAUGUAGCGCGCGAUCGCUCUCGCGCGCCUUAAAAUCGAGUCCCUGAUGCGCGCGUUUAUAAAUUAUGUACUGUAUAAUAGCAAAAAUCUCGAGGAAAUAUCUCUCACUGGGUCGAUCGACAUGCAUCGCAAUCGAGAGAGAGAGGGGCAGGGGUGUGAGUGGACACAAUUAAAAAGAUCUGAAAAAAGCUGAAGAGUGUUGAAAAAGUCUGAAAUAGAAAGAGCUCCCAUACUUUUUGUACAGAGGAAAGCCAAAAAAAGCUGAAAUUAAGCUGAAAAUCAAAACAAAAACAAGUGGAAUGCCUCUGGCCGUCUCACCUGCAUCACGUGAUUCAAUAUAGCAGCAGUGCUGAUUUUGAAAACUACUAUAACUCGCACAAGAUGUUCAGUGAUACUUGGUUACUCUUAUUUCCACGUUUUAUGAACUAGACCAAUACACUUAUAGAGAUAUGAUGGCAAUUCAACAAAUACCCCCAACGUGGCCAAAGUUCUUUGACCUUACAUGACCUUUGACCUUGAUCAUGUGACCUGAAACUCGCACAGGAUGUUCAGUGAUACUUGAUUACUAUUAUGUCCAAGUUUUAUGAACUAGACCAACACACUUUCAAAUUUAUGGCUGUAAUUCAACAAAUACCCCAAUUUGGCCAAAGUUCAUUGACCCUAAAUGACCUUUGACAUUGAUCAUGUGACCUGAAACUUGCACAGGAUGUUCAGUAAUACUUGAUUACUAUUAUGUCCAAGUUUCAUGAAUCAGAUCCAUAAACUUUCAAAGUUAUGAUGGUAAUUCAACAGAUACCCCCAAUUCGGCCAAAGUUCAUUGACCCUAAAUGACCUUUCACCUUGGUCAUGUGAUGUGAAACUCAUGCAGGAUGUUCAGUGAUACUUGAUUAACCUUAUGUAUAAGUUUCAUGAACUAGGUCCAUAUAUUUUCUAAGUUAUGAUGACAUUUCAAAAACUUAACCUUAGGUUAAGAUUUUGAUGUUGAUUCCCCCAACAUGGUCUAAGUUCAUUGACCCUAAAUGACCUUUGACCUUGGUCAUGUGACAUGAAACUCAGGCAGGAUGUUCAGUAAUACUUAAUUAACCUUAUGGCCAAGUUUCAUGAACUAGGUCCAUAUACUUUCUAAGUUAUGCUGUCAUUUCAAAAACUUAACCUCAGGUUAAGAUUUGGUGUUGACGCCGCCGCCGCCGUCGCCGUCGGAAAAGCGGCGCCUAUAGUCUCACUCUGCUAUGCAGGUGAGACAAAAAUCAGAUAAAAAUCUUAACUCUCACACCCCUGGAGAGGGGGAAAAGAGGACUUUCCAUUUUUUUUAAUACACAGAAAACAGGAAAAGUCGAAAAUAAGACAGAUAGCAGGGAAAAAGACGGAAUUCCAUAUAAAGACGGAAAAGUGGCAUCCCUGCACUCUUAUAAUGUCCAUAUUUCCUAAAAAUUGGGGUAAUUUUCACUUAUAUUUUAGUUCAAACUGAUCGGGUUUCGAGUGAUAUCGUCUGAAUACAUGAUAGCCCCACAUAUGCAUUUGUUUGUGUGUUGAUAUGAUUCGUAGCUAUAUUUUAAUUGAGCCAAAAAGAAACUGAUUAUUUAUGAUAGUUUUAGCUUUCUUCCUCUGUGUUCUUUCUAUCUUUCUUUCCUUUCAAUCUUUCUUUGUUUAUUCCCUCUCUUCUGUCAUGUUUUUGUUGUUGUUUACAGACAGAGACUUUAAUCGUACUCUCGCUAUUGCAGAAGGAAUGUUACUUCUCAUAUCUUUUUUUGGCGAAAGCGAGUGAAUUGUAAACCGAGAUGAGUAUACAAACAAAUUAUUUCCUUUCUUUUGGUAUAUACAUGUAGACCAUGAUCAUACGAUGUGAGGAUCAAGUGUCGAAAAUGCUUCAAAGUGGAAUUUUGCUCCAAAAUCUCUGACCAUUUCAAGGGGAAAUGCGACCCAUGCGAAUUUGCGCGUGGCUCGCGCUGACGAACCGUUGUUCAAACCGGUGAGUGAGGGGUCAUUUCCGUUGCUUCAAAAGCAUGAUAAAACACCACGAUCUCUUCUAUUUUGACAUUGAUGAGCUUGAGAAUAUACUUGAUGAUGAUGUUGUUGGCUUAUUUUGAUAUAGGGUAACGCGCCCAGUAUUCGGUCACCUCCCGGUAUUCGGUCAGACAGCUGUUGUAACAGCUGUCAAAAACUCAUGCAUAAUGCAUGAGCAAAAAAACUUUCACCAAUCACGCACCAUAACGGCACCUUCAAACUAUCUCAAAACUGACGUCGGUCAAGAGGAGGAAAGUGUUCAGAACGUACCUGAAAUUGGACUGCAUCGGGUGAGUUUUAUUCACUUCCGGGUUUCUUAGCAAUUGAGUUAACGUACAUAGCCUUAUGUAGACUCCCGUUACGUAAUAACGCUGUGUGUAGGUGCAAUGAAUUUGGUACGAGUGUGAAGGGGAGAUCUUGUGUGUUCACCGUCGCAGCGAAUUUGCAAAUGGCGCUGAAAUCGAGGAGCAACUGGGUAUAUACUUUACCCUUACCAUGAGAGGGCGCUCGACCAAAAUUCGGUCGGGCAACAUUGAGUGUCUUGCCGGCGUGUUUGUGACGAGGGAGGAGCGUGCAAAGACGCAUUGCUCCUCGCAAGUGAAACACUUUUCUUAAUUCCUUUUCUUUCUCAAAUGAUAUGUUAGGCCUACAUAAGUUGAGAAUAAAUCUACAAUUAUUUUUAUGAAUAAAAAUCUUAAAAACAUAGAUGCUUAUUUCCUAUGAAAAUGCAAUUUGAGUUGGUGAAUGACAAAGGUGACGAUGUUGACGAUGGCGACGAUCUUGAUCAAGGCUCAUUUUUGAUUGCCUUUGCGUGAUCGAGUUGAAAAUUGAAUGAUUUCCUCUUAGGUCUAUCUCAAUAGUUUAGAUGCUUUCAUAAUUAUUCUCAACUACAUUAUUAUUAUUUUAAUUAAUAUAUCAGGCCCAAGUCCAGGGGCAUGGCCCCACCCCCUCCCCCCCAAAAAAAAAAAAUUAUAAAGGCUAUCCCACGAUAGUAUUUUUAAAAUGACGUUAUUGGUUGGUCAAAUGCCAGAAAAUUGCACCCCCCCCUUACUGAGAGCAAUUUUGCCCGCCCCUUACAUAAUGUCUUGGAUCCGCGGCUGGUUAGUUUUAUUUUAUUUUUCAUUUAAAACAAAGGGGUUUAAAUUAACAUUAUCAUUAUCGUCAUCAUUCCUAAAAUUAUCAGUCGAAACUGGAUUACAAUGUUGGCGAAUUUGGUUGAUAUUUUAUGUUUCCUGCUAUGAAUUCAAAUGGAAUGUUCAAUAAGUUAAAGUGGUUUAUACAUUGGAUGAAAUUUCCCCUUCUCUAAUAAUUCUUAAUUCUUUGAGUUCAUACUUAACCAAGAUACUGUAAUAUUAUUUGAUGAACGGUGCACAAGUUGACGAAUAUUUUGUAAAUUGAUAUGAAACUAUACAUCAAUGAUCAUACACAAAGAUUGAUGAUUAUCAUGUUAAGCCUAUGAGAACCGAUUUUCAUGACAACAAUCUUACUUGCCACAUAAGAAAAGUAAUGUUUUUAAUGAACAUGAGAAACUAUGCCUACACCAGAUUAAACAUCCCAGGGCUACUGGGUUAUAUUUAAUGGGAAAUUCCAAGUGUGUGUAGGGGAGGGGGGGGGGGGCAUUCUCCUUUCUUGGGGAAGAUUUUAUAACAUUACAUUCCCAAGAGUAUACGUAUUGUGGUUCAAAAGAAUUAUACCCUUUUGAAAACUUAUUUCCAUUUUUCAACAAAUAUUAAUUUAUCAAUUUCAAUGAUUUUUUUAUAUAUAUAUAGAUAUCAUAAUGCCUUACAGACGAUAUAGCCAACAACAGGUAGAAGAUGCGGCGAAAAGAAUCAGGGUCGACAAGAUGUCAAUAAGAAGGGCAUCACAGUUAUAUGGGAUACCUUCAUCGACGCUUGGGGAUAAAGUAAGUUGGUCUACACUUUCUUUUUUACUUAACCAACCCUUAAACUAAAAAAUAAAUAUCAAUCAGCAAUUUCCCUCAUAUGCUGUGUAAUUCAAAUGUUCUAAUUUCUCCUUACCCGUUUCUCCACAGAUCGCUGGGAGGACACCAAUUAAGUCCACACAAGGACCAAGUCCAUACCUGUCGGUUGCCAAGGAGGCGAAAUUGGCGGCCUGGGCGAAGAAGAUGGCAACACUUGGGUUCGGGCUGAACAGGCUCGAGUUACAGCAGGUGAGCCAAAAUUAUUCGUGGGUCUAGUCUUUCUUGUUUCUUUUUUUUCCUCUCUUAAUUUUUUUCUUGAUCACUUUCACGGGUUUUAAAGGACCAUUGAUGUAAAGGAAAUAAAAUACUUAUAAUCAUAACGAGAGCAGUAGUUUGUGUUUUUAUUAUGUUACCAGAAAUUGUGAUGUUGUAGGAAGUUGCAAUAAAACGAUGAAUGGGUGUGAAAAGGAAAGUGUAAGAAAAUGAGAUAUAGGCCAACAUGAUAAAGGAAAUUACGAGGUAUAUUCCUUUCUCCCUUUCUUCAUUGCUCCAAAUUUUGAUAGACUGCUGGGAAGAUGGCCCUCGAGGCCAACAUACAAGCCCCCUUUAAGGAUGGGACCCCAGGAGAAAAGUGGUUGAGGGGGUUCUUCCGUCGGCACCCGGAGUUGUCUGAGCGGAAACCAGAGCUGCUAGGAGGGGAAAGAGCGGUAGUUACCACCCAUAAGAUGGACAGGUUUUUCGAAGAUCUUCAAAAAUACCUUGAGGGCGAGGGCUGCGCAUCAAUCCUUACGUCGCCACAACGGAUCUUCAACUGCGAUGAGACGGGGUUCCCGCUCUCUGGGAAACCAUGUCGCGUCAUAGCGACCAAGGGCAGUCGGACGGUGAGCGCCGUCGGAUCAAGUAACAAGUCACAAGUAACAGUGUUAGCAACAAUAUCAGCGUCAGGUGACGCACUGCCAAGGAGAACCCCAUGGAGGGUGCCCCCGUCGGCUCAUAUCUGGGUCGGAGUGAAAAUGGAUGGAUGGACUCAGAGGUCUUCUACGAGUUUGUCGCCAAUAGUUUCGUGCCCUACAUUGAAAAAAAUAACAUCCCCAAACCCGUCCUCCUUCUCGUAGAUGGCCACAGUAGCCACGUUAAUUACCACGUCGGAAAGUUAUGUAACACUUCCGGUGUGGUGCUGUACCCCUUGCCUGCCCAUGCUAGCCACAUCGUACAGCCGUGCGACGUGUCUUUCUUUAAGCCCCUCAAGGCUGCGUGGGCAAAGGCCGAGAGGAAGUUCCGACAGGAACACUGGGGCCAAUUUGUCACCAAGUACACAUUCGCAAGUGUAUUCCGAGGCCCAUGGGACGCCACCGCCCAAAGGAGGGAGCUUAUACAGACAGCCUUCAGAGCGACUGGGAUUUUCCCGUUUACUGGGCAGUACUCGAGGGAGAAGCUUGCUCCUUCAACAGUGUACGUCGUGGAAGCACAGGAUGGUAGAGAAGCAAAUGUCCCUGGUCCAUCGGGUGAUGCCCCUUCAGCAUCAACAACUACAGAUGUGUCAGAGGGCCUGGCCCUUGAGAAGCACCUGCGUUUUCCGGUCAUUCCAAAAAAGAAAUCCGGGAAACGAUCAAAGGAGAAUAUGCCUAAGUGCAUUAGUAGUGAGGCCUACCUCAAAGUCUUGGAAGACAAACAAGCAGCAAAAGAAGAGGAAGAAGAAAGGAAAAGAAAGAGGAGCGGGAAGCUAAGAAGAAAGAGAAGGCAGAUGGAAAGAAAGGCGGAAAGAAGAAGCAGAAGACGAAGAAUGUAGAAGAUGUUGAUGUCGAAGAGGUAGAUGAGAAUGUUUGCCAGGAAUGCGAAGGGGAAUACAAUGAUAACCCUGAGGAUUGGGUAGGGUGCAACUUUUGCCCAAGGUGGUUGCACAUCGUAUGCUGCAUGGGCUUGGAUGGCCUUGACGAUGAAGAAAUAGAAGCGCUCAACUUCAAAUGUCAUUUCUGUUAGAGAUAAAGAUUAUUUUAUUACAUGGGCAAUUCCAAGGUUAGUAACGUUACAUUUUUAGCAGAUUUUGGUAUUUCAUCCUACUGUAAUAUCACCAUCUAUUCAUUUCAAAUCACAAUAAUGGUACAACAUGUUCACACACCCUAGGUCUACAAUACAAAAAAAUUAAUGCAAUUCAACCAAUAUUGCAUGCGCCAUCCUAACUUUUAAUGUUGGUUAGUAACGUUACCAAAAAAUUUAUUUUGUAUCGUUACUAACCAACAUUAAAAUUUACCAUGGCAACUGCAAUAUUGGUUGAAUUGCAUUAAUUUUUUUUUGUAUUGUAGACCUAGGGUGUGUGAACACGUUGUACCAUUAUUGUGAUUUGAAAUGAAUAGAUGGUGAUAUUACAGUAGGAUGAAAUACCAAAAUCUGCUAAAAAUGUAACGUAAUGUUACUAACCGUGGAAUUGCCCACAUAAAGAUUAUUACUUUGUCACCAGUAUGUUUAUCAUCUGUUUUAGCCAAUCUAAUUCGAGGAUUUCAUGACGUCAAUACAGACACAGCGAUCAUAUUAAGUGCAACAAGAUCCAUGAAGUAGAUAUAAUUUUUCAAAAAAUGUAGUUAUAGGGACAGUGAUUUUCCGUUUCAAAAAAUUGCCUUUUCCGUUUCAGAAAAUCUCAAAUUCCGUUUCAGCAUGUCAGAAAACGGAAAUUCCGUUUCCCCAUAGACUUUGUACACACGGAAAAGUGACAAUUCCGUUUACACAUUGAAUAGCAAAAUCACAACACGCACACUCGCACUGGUCAAAAUUUGUAUCUGCUACUGUACCAACAACACAAUAAAAUCCAUUCUAAUCGGAUCUAUGCGGGUGCAUAAAAUAUUUUUACACACCCAUUUUGCAUGCAUACAUCCUCACCUUUCAUAUUAUUAGCAUUAUUUCACGGUGAAAUGAUAUUUCAUCGAUAAUUUUGGGGGUUUUUGGACAUCGUUAUCAUCAGUCAACGGCUAUUGCCAAUCCGCCAUCUUGGAUUUUAAGACCACGAUAUCGUGCUGUUACAUCUUCAAACGUAGAGGGCAGCAACACACGACCGUGUAAGGAGUUGAACGAUAUGUGUGCAUGUGAAGCCCAACCCGGCCGGCCGCCGGGCCGGUACGGUGCGGGGUACAAUCGAGUGUGCUGAUGUCAAGUGCAGUCACGAUGUGUGAACUGUCAUGAUAGUAGCUAAGUGAGAUCGUGUUUUCUGGGUUUUUGGGGCCAUUUAAUAUUCUCAUUUUGUUGUGAUUUUGGAGUAAUUUCUGUUGCUAUUCUGUGUAUUUUGAGGGAAAAUACGUUUUCCGUGAUUUUCCGUUUGAAAUGCCACUUUCCGUUUCAAAAGGCCCUUUCCGUGAAUUCCAUCCGUUUUCCGCGAUCGCGGAAAAUCACUGUCCCUAUAGUUAUUCUUUCCAAAUUUGAGUGAGAGAAAUUAAGAUGAAUUAGUCUUCAAUGACUUCUUAUAUCACAAUGUUUCAAGGAAACGGGACUCAAGUCAUAUAGUCCUAUUAGGAAUUUGACAGAUUUCAUAUUCGCUUUUGACAGGUUCCCCCCCCCCCACCCCGAGAGAAUAAUUUUACAGUCCAGUAAUAAUUGUGUAUAUAUUCUAUUGUAAUAAUAUACCCCCCACUUUACCUUAAAUAUAUUAUAGUUUGCGUCAUCACAUUUUUCAAACCAUAUCGCGUUCAGUCUUCUUCCACUUGUUCUGUUAUUUCAGGUGGAUUAAUUAGGUUUUAUUAUUAUAAUUUUUCUAAAUAAAGCUUAAGAAUGUAUAAUUAAGAUGUGGAGAUCACAUAAAACAAAUAAAAAAACAGUAAGCAUAAGAGAAAUUGUAAUAGUUAACAUCGGAGAUACAGUGCAUUACCGCGCGACCGAAUUCUGGGCGGCGUAAGCGAAUACUGGGCGGAAAACAUCUCCUCCUUCUAUGAGCGAUAUUUUG